AUGGCCUCACUGCAAACAUCUAUGCUACUGCGCAUCGCGCCCCUCGUUUCUUCAUCUUUCUGUAUCUGGUUCGCCUGGGAUCAGUAUUACUUCCUUCAUCUAUUUACAACGCCGACUGUGAGGCCAAAAGCCGGAUUAGUUCUCCCGUCAUACAUGAAAACGUUUUAUCCUGGCGCCUCUGCCCGCGUUUUCUUCACCUACAUCACCACUCUGUCAACGUCCUUUGCAACGAUUUAUUCACAGCGACAGAUCCUGGAGGCCAAUGAGUCUUUGUGGUGGUAUAAAGUUGGAUUGGGGCUGGCUGCAGGCCAUGCCUUGUUUGCACCAAUUAUUAUACCUACGAUCAUGAAGAUCUUGAAGAUGGAGGAUAAUAUCGCUGCUCAAAAGGAUAUCAUGCCGCUUUUAGCGAGAUGGUUACAGAUUCACACUGUUCGGUCGCUGACGGUUGAUCUAUGGGCUUGGGUGUGUUUCAUUGUGGCGGUUUCGCGGCAAUGA